UCCUUUUUCACAGAUGAUUAUUGAAGAUGCCAUUCGGCAAUUCUUGGAAGAGGUUGAUCCUGAAGCUGGACCAAAAUCUAUUGUGGAUUUCUUCGAUAAAGUGAAGUUAUCGUAUGGACCGAACUUGCUCACGGAUUUAGUCAAACAUUUACGUGGUCCGAAAGACGCAGACGAAGAAGUUCUUCAAGUUCUGACAUUGGUUUUCCCACCCUUCAAUAUACUCGGGAGAACGGAUGAGCUACAGAAUGUUGCGGACGAGUUUAUCAGAAAAUGCGCCACGCAACAGCCCAAGCAUUGGGCUCAGUUGGCAGCGAUUAUUUCUGCCAUGGAUUCUCGGAAUACGAAGCGUCUGAUGUCUUUUUGCUUCUCGGAAUUAUUUUUUGCGUCGGCUGUUUCGCAUGCCGAAAUUUUGCAAGAUGAGGAAUUGAAAGACGUGCUAGAGAAUGCCAUGAUGGCAGUUUUGAAAGAUCUCGGCCACGCAGACUCUAAAGCUGUUCUGCGUACCCUUUUGAGCACUGCAAAUGAACUUUCCAACUUCGGAUGUCUACGUGAAACGUUCUUGAAUGUACCAGCGCCGCGGAUGUUGAUGGAAGUGGUUAAAUUUGGAGAACGGAGGAAGCGAAAAAAUGACGGCACGUUUGUUACACACCCCGUAAAUACAGAAUUGCGGGAAGUCGUCAUGGACAUCGUUGUUGCCUUGUCGCGAUAUUCCGAAGAAGCAAUGCAAACCUAUUUGUUCAAUUUCGAUGUUCCUUUAGACAAUGACUCUUGGGACGCUCGCCUUUCAAGUCUGUUCUGUUUCAAUCCUACGCUUUACUUGAGCUGGUGUGAGUCACGGCUUUUGAAGACAAAGAAAGGCAGUGACGAAUGGUGGCUGAGGGUCUCGUAUUUUUCAAAACUUGCGUGGAGAAUGAACAAGUUGCAAAUUUUCAAAUUUGAACCCAUGUCUUGGCUGCAGCAAGUGAAUUUUGAAGUCCAGAGGAGCGGACCGAAGGUUGUUCAUGCUCUCACAAUUCUCUCUUACCUGUCUGCAAUGUCCGCGGAAAAGCGGAGCUUGGCCAAGACAAUCGACUUCCGAUUCGUAGCGCAGAAUUUAUGUAAAGCCUCUUUACCUGUGAGACUGAGAAUCGCAGUUACUUUGAUCCACGUUCUCAAAUUUCCCGAGGAAUUUGUCACUGAUGUCGCGAAGUCAGGAUUGGAGGAAUUAGACGCCAUGAUCUCGGAUGCCGAUCGAGCUGCAUUUUUCGAAGAGUUCUUCAAAGUUAUGGAAACUUUAUGGCGCGUUCGGAAAUUUCGAGAUCAAGGCUUGCUCCUGAAGAUAACAAACCUUUUCAUCGAGUGGGAUACAAAGCAGGAAAAGGAUUUUCUCUCGCUCGCCGCGUUGCUCAGUGAGUCUUCGGAAGAUUUCAAUGAAUUUUGCUGCCUUUUCCUCGCUUGUGGAAAGAAGAUCGUCGAAAUGGAAACAGCUGCGGAAAACGCCAUGCCACUCCUGAAAAAGCGUUUGAAGAAGUUCCGUGUUCCGUCAAAGAUCGAUGCUGCAUCUGCAGUCUUUUUCUUCGCCUCCGUGGAAAAAGUAGACUCAUCGAACGUUAAAAUUGCUUUCAAGUGUCUGGCUUUUGUCGCAGAGAUGAAGUGUUCACGAGAAGCGAGAAUCCUGAUUUACCGAAGAAUCGCGGAUAUUUUGCAAAAGUCCGAAAAAUAUGAAACCUCUUUCGUCGCCCAGUUCGUCCAUCACUGGAGACGAUUGAAGCAUAGUAACCUAUUCACUGUUCUGAAGCCUGCGAAUGUUCGUGAUCUCCGACAGCUCUUCGCCUUAUGCUCUAAAACGCAUGUCGACGAAUUCGGCGAAUUUGUAUGUGAACUAUUGGACUCCGGCGUGACGGAUUUGAAAAUACUGUCUGAAGUUGCAGAUUUAGUUACUUGUCCUUCGAUCCGACCUCAAGUUUUUCGGCGUGUGAUGGAAUUCGCCACCACGGAGGAAUUGGUCGAAUGGGCCACUAGGUUUGGGUUGCAAGAAAUGCCCGGGAUCGACACGUUGGAGAAGUUGAAGCCGUUUCUUCUCCAAUCAAGUGAAAAUCGUUCGAGUGCGUGGGCAUCUGUGGUUCGGCAAUGUUAUCAGGCUGGAUUGUUGGCGGAUUCAGAGGUUUCCUUGCUUUCUGCGGAAGAUCAUCCUGAAUGCAGGAAGUUAUCGUUGGAAUUUGCGAUAGUGAAUGACGCUGGAAGUUUUUCCGCGGACUGCGAUGUGACGCAAAGUUUAUUGAAACAAAUGAGUGUUGAAGACGUGGAAGAUGCUCUGCGAAAGAGUCUUGAAUCGUUGUUGCGGUUGCGAAGUGUGGAAGCUGCGGAAGACGUUUUUGAGUUUGUUCGGGUUUCGAAUAAUACUUCUUGCGAUGCGCUGUUGGAAUGGGUGAGCCGUGAGAAUCUGCCUGCUCUUCUAGAGCUUGUGCUGAAAAUUCUGCGUGGAUCUGCGACGAAUGGACGACUGGGACUGGGUUCUGACAUGUCUGCAAUUGAACGUUGGCUGAAGUUAUUUAGUUCCGAAUCCCCGCUGCAACAAGAAUUUGUCGUGGCCCUUUUAUGGUACGCCGUGAAGAGAGGAGAUACGAGCGUUGCCAAAACCUGGAUAUUCAGCUCGCUUCGCAAAUUAUACCGCGGAACCCUGAGCAUUCUGGACCAGCAAACAACGCGUCUCGUGACGAAAGUGCAAGGAAACUCGGAAACGCUCGUCGGUCUUCUCAAACGCCGAUUAUGGCAACAAAUCGAUUACGAAGACUCGCGGACUUUUGCUCGCAUCGAAGACAAGCAGGUGUGCAAAACUCGAUUCCCGGUUUGGCGAACGAUCGAAGUUGCCGGAGAAGUGCUGGAAGGCGGAUCGCGCGACACGAAGAAUUACUCGACCGCGGAAACGUAUGACCCGGAAGUGUUUGUGUACGCUGUGUUAUCCAUGUUGAACGACGUGGAAUCCGGUUUGCGGCCUCGUCACACCGUGACAACCAUGUUUGCCUACGGAUUCCCCGCAGUCGCAGUGGCUUGUUUAUCCGCCAAAAGCGAUAAGGUGAGAUUCGCGUCGGCCUGCGUGAUAAAACGCGCGAGUGAAGUCGUGUCGCAAAUGUCCGUGGCGCCGAUUUUGCCCAAGGAAUGGGCGACGUUUUUCGACGUGAUUUCGAAUUCCUUGGCGAGUCGGUCGGAUUCGGGACAGGUUUUGUUCCCGAGGGUUCCCCAGGUCUGGGCCACGUUUGCGGCUGCGUCGUGUCUCACACUGAACGACCCCUCGAAUGCUGUGCACAAGCUAGUGGUCAAGUUUUGCUUCCGGACGACGUCUCUGAAGCUUUGGGCUUCUGCUCCGAUGACGAGGUUGUAUAACACGCGGGAUUCGGAUCCGGUCGAUGCCGUGCCAGGGAGGAAGUUUGUGUUGGACGUGGCGAAACACGCGACGUUCGAUUGGGACAGUUUCGAGAAGACUCACAUCGUCAAGAUUUUCCUGUCCAGCUUUUCCUUUCGGUCGUGGAAUGCAACAGAGACCAGUGAUUUGAUGGGCUUCAUCAACCGCCUAGUGGUGAAUAAUGUGAGGAGGAGACCCACGUUGACUCGCGCAGUUUUUGACUGGGGUUUCGCCAUUUUGCUGGAGAAUCGUGUCGGUGACGUGGCGACGACUUUCGCCUCUCGCUUUGCAGAAAUACUCUGGACGACGUGGACCUUAUUUCUUCAUCCCUUCCUGGCCGGAAGAAAUUUCGAAUUGGUUGGGGAAUCCGCGGAAAUCGAGCUCGGGUUGUUUGCGGAUUUCGUCUUGUGUUGCGCCCUCGGGGCGUCAGUGUUGAGUUCCGUUUCGUCAGAUGCCGAGAAGGAACUGUUGUUGAAGCUGCGGAUCGCGUGUCAUGUUAUCGAGCAAAUUUCGGGCCCGGAAGUGAAACCCUUGUUGAAACUGGGCGAGGGAACGUGGAGGAAGUGCUUUGACCACGUGUUCGGUCCCGGAAAGGUGUCUGAGAGAACAGCUCAAGACUUGCGACUCUUGGUGUUCAUUAAGGAGCCGAAAAGUUGGGGCAAUUUUGGCCUGGACGAACGCUGUGCUCUUCAAUCCGCGCUGUUUCCUUGA